AAGAUUGAGACGCGAUGGCAGGUGUCGGGGUCCGACCGCUGCAGAGGAUGGUGCGAUUUGUGCUGCUGGUGCUUACUGUGUGUGCUGCGGGUGCCCGUGGGCUCUAUUUCCACAUCGGCGAGACUGAGAAGCGCUGCUUCAUCGAGGAAAUACCCGACGAGACCAUGGUCAUCGGCAACUAUCGAACUCAGAUGUGGGACAAGCAGAAAGAGGUCUUCCUGCCAUCGACCCCCGGCCUAGGCAUGCACGUAGAGGUGAAGGACCCGGACAGCAAGGUAGUACUGUCCCGGCAAUACGGCUCCGAGGGCCGUUUCACAUUCACUUCCCACACACCCGGUGACCAUCAGAUUUGUUUGCACUCCAACUCCACCAGGAUGGCUCUCUUCGCUGGAGGCAAACUGCGUGUGCACUUGGACAUCCAGGUUGGGGAGCAUGCCAACAACUACCCUGAGAUCGCUGCUAAGGAUAAGUUAACAGAGCUACAGCUUCGUGCUCGCCAGUUGCUAGAUCAGGUGGAACAGAUCCAGAAGGAGCAGGAUUAUCAGAGGUAUCGUGAAGAGCGCUUCCGACUGACCAGUGAGAGUACCAACCAGAGGGUCCUGUGGUGGUCCAUCGCCCAGACUGUCAUCCUCAUCCUCACUGGCAUCUGGCAGAUGCGUCACCUCAAGAGCUUCUUUGAGGCCAAGAAGCUGGUGUAGGGAUCUUGCUGUAUAACCUUUCCCUUUUACCUCAAUUAUUUGAUAGUUUCCCCACCCAGCCCCUUGUCCACCUGGAUUUUGAGGAGGAAAAUGAAAAACAGUGUGUCAUUGGUAUCAUGGCAUUAAGCCAUUCAGAUCAGCUACCUUUGACCUUGGUUUUCCAAGAAGCAGACGUUGGUCUAAGCUUUCAAAACCUGCCUUAGGGUUUGGGAGAAGUUGGAAUUAACCCAAGAUCAAGUCAUUUCUUUUGCCUCUGGUGAUUCUCCUCUGUUUUUGAAGAGAUGACCAAAUGCACUUCUGUUUUUUGUUUGUCUGCUUGUUCAGUAAGCAAGUGGCAUGCCCAUGGAGGAGACCCUGCGUCAAUGUUCCUGGGUCAGUCCUGAGUUCUCCCAAUGGCUUUGUGAAUGUAAAUAAGGGGCAGUUUGGGGCCCUGAAGGAUUAAGAUGUUUUUCUAUAUUUUAGAACUAUUUUUGGAUAAAUUAUAUAUUUUCCUUCCUGAUUGAAUCAUCAUCAUCACUGCCUGUAACUAGCCAAAAACACCAGUCCAGACCUUAUCCAUUCUACUUAUUCACACAGUUUUAAUAACUGCCAUGCAGUGAUUUCAGCAAUCUGGGGCCAGAAAGCAGAUCCAUGUCAGAAGGCCAACAAGAGUUCUGUUGAAUCCUUGUGAGUCCAAUCCCACAGGGUCACAGCACAGGAAAGAGAGGGGCAGAGUAACUCGGAGCUGUGCACUCUUUCCUCAAGUUUCACUUAAGCAGUGGUAGAUGUUUGAAGGUUCGUUUUUGUGUUGGAACUCCGUAUGUAGCCUAGGCUAGCCUAGAUCCACCGUGUAUGAGAGCCUAUGUGAUUAAAGAGACAUGCGCCACCACACCUGACAUAAACAUUUUCUUUAAGGGAACCAGAGUUUGGUUCUUUAUGCAGAUUUUUUCCAAUGAAAUAAACAUAGUAUGAAAUAA